CAAGAAGAACUGAAAACAAUAUUAGGAGACAUGGGUGGCGAUACAACUGUUUCAGAAUCUGCGGCGGCCCCAAUCAAGAGGUCUGCUACACAAGAGGCUCUUAUCGGCAGAGGAUGGCCGAUAUUCAGGGUUCCACCACAUGUACGUGAAGCUGAGAAGGGAGCCUACAUCCCCAAGAUCGUAAGCAUUGGUCCAUUACACUACCAUGAACCCAGUCUCAGAGCCUUUGAAAUUCAAAAAAACCGGUUUCUUACUCGCCUUCAAAACCGUAUGAAGAACUGUGAAGUUCUUGAAAAUGCCAUAAAGGAAAUGGAGGAAAAAACCAGAAAAUGCUAUUCGGAUGACUUUCAUGAUCGUAUAAACAGUGAUGAUUUUGUCCGGAUGAUGCUCCUCGACGGCUGCUUCGUUGUAGAGCUCCUCCGCCUGUACACCAAGAGUAAUUACCAGGGAAAUGAUGUGAAGGAGCCCAUUUUAGAAACACGUUGGAUGGUGCCAAAUAUCGGUCGUGAUUUACUUAUGCUUGAGAACCAACUUCCUAUGUUUCUGCUGCAGAAAAUAUUUGACAUGACCACCGUCGAGAGCGAGGCAACUCCUCUCAACAAGCUUGCUCUCCGAUUUUUUGAACCAUUGAGACCCGGAAAGGACAAAUUGGCAAAGAAAAUAUUGAACGCCGAAGGGGAGCAUCCACAUCUAUUAGCUCAGUUUCAGUGUACCUUCAUGAGUCCAAACGAUAACCGGCGCCAUUCAUUUCCGAAUUCUCCUGAAAGGGAGGACCAGAGCAGAUAUGAAAAAAUUCCUGGCAAGGGUUGGAUCCAAAAUGCCACAACACUCACUUAUGCUGGUAUUCGAUUCAAGAAAAAAUCCGGCAAAUUUCUUGACAUAGUGUAUAAGAACAAGAAAUUGAAGAUUCCUACACUAUUCAUCGAUGAUGGCACAAGCACUUUGUUGAGGAACUUGAUAGCUUAUGAGCAGAGCAAUAGAUGGGCAGCAGCGUAUUUUUCUUGCCUUGCAGUAUUCUUGGAUAGCAUAGUGGAUACGGAGAAUGAUAUCAACGUUCUUCGUCGGGCGGGGAUAAUCAAACAGGCAAAGGGUGGCGACCAGGAGGUGGUGACUCUUUUCAAUAGUCUGACUAAAGGGCUUGAGAUUGAUAUGGAUGACUGCUACAUAACAAAGCAAAUAGAAGACAUCAACCGUUGUUGUCGAUCACAUAAGGCCAGGGUUCGAUUUCGCCGCAUUCUCUCCAAGAUAAACUUUAAGGGUUUGAACGACACAUACGUAUCCAGUAUAAUGACGUUGAUCUAUAUCUGGUACUUCAUUAAGGAUAAUGCCCCUGCUACUUAAUUGAUGUCAUUCGAUGAUUUAAUAAGCGGUGUGUUUGAGCAUUCCGGCCAGUUUGUUUUUCAAUUCCAGUUGACAAACGGUUGGAUUUCCAUGUCAUAAAUCUUCCUUUCAGAAUGUGGAUGCAUGAAUGCGGGAUCAACCGACUGUCUUGUUCUGUUAAUUAACUCUUUUUGUUUGUAUUGCGUGUCCUAGUUGAUUUAGUAUUUUGUAUUGUGUUAGUCUUUUUCUUUGUAUUUUGUGUUAGCCAUCUGCUCUUUCUUUUCCCCUCACGGGCCUCUGAUUCGAUCUGCUCUGUUCUUCGUAAAAUCCUCCUGCAUGGUGC